AUGCAUGUCAAGUCCGCAAAUUUCGCGCGCAGCUUCGCCGCUUUGCUGCUGUUGCAAACGCUUUUGCCACAAGGAGCAGACACUAAGCCAGUUGCUGGCGUAAAGAGCUUACUCGGAGGCAUGGCGAUGGGAACGUUAGGUGGUAUGGUUUUGCAUCAUGCCGUGGCUAAGCAUAUGCAGCAUCAGACUCAACAACAGCAACCAAUUGCAUCACAACAACCUCAGCUAUUAUCAUUACCACCUCAAUCUCCAAAUGUGGCUGAACAUCAACCUAAUCAAUAUGGACAGCCUCAAUACCCAUUGCUCCAAGCUCCACACCCAGCCGAACAAAAUUCCGCUCAACUUGGACAUCCACAAUUUUCACAAUCAGCAAUUCAACAACCUCCUCAAUCUGGGUAUCCUCAUCUCCUACAACCAGUGGUUCAACAACCUCCUCAACCUGGUCACGUUCAAGUCUCACAACCAGCCGAGCAACAUCUUUCUGAAUCUGUUCAACAACAACCUCAAGAAGUGCAAUCACAACCUACAGGUGGUAUACUAGAUUCUCUUUUACAGAUUAAGCGUCCUGUAGAUCAACCGAAUGCACCACAACAGCAACACCAAAACGCACCACAGAAUCCAAACAUGCAAACCGCUCCAGCGGCACCAGCUGAACAAUCUGCUCAACCCCAUCCGGUAAUAACACCAAAUCAAGCACCACCUGCUCAAGACAUCAAUAAACAGCCAGCUCAGCCAACUGCAUUGCAUCCAGCAGUGGUACAACCAGCGACAGUUGGCGGCAUUCCCAUACAACCUGUUCAGCACGUCCAACCGCCUCAACCCAUAUAUCCUGUGCAUCCAGCUCAAGCUACUUCGCAAGUGAUUGUUCCAUCUAAGAAACCAGGUUACUUUGGCAAGUCUUCCGCAGACAAAAUACCCCAAAUUAAUUUCUUCUUGAUGGCAAUGAUGGCAUUCCUAGUCAUUUGGUGCAAGUAA